GCCUCAGCUGGAGGGAGUCGGGGCGGCCGAGACGCAGACGCCUGCUGUGCGCCGAGCGGCGAUGAGCACCCCAGCCGUGCCCUGCGAUCUGCAGCUGCCCCCGAGUCAGAGGGCCCAGUCCGCGUUCAGAGAACAAAGAAGACAAAAACUCAAGGAGCAUCUGUUAAAAAGAAAAACUUUUUUUGCAUCCAAACAGGAAAAUCGGAUAUUAUUCAGUUAUAGAGACCAGAAAGUGAUGACAUCUGAGGGCCAGGUCCGAGAAGGGACAACAGCUCUGAAACUUAAAACAAAAAUGGCUGAUAAAGAAAAUGUCAGUGGACCCACAGGGAACAAAAAUAAUAUAACAAUGGAAAAAAAUUGUACUCCUUUAAAACCUUCUAAUGAAUUAACCAAUUCAACUAUAGCAACUGAUUCACAUAAUUUUGAGAGUAAUAAUCAAACUCUGCAGUUGUUACCAGUUAAAGAUGAUACCCAAAGUCAACAUAUGACAUUAAGCCAAGCAUUUCACUUCAAAAACAAUAGUAAAAAGAAACAAAUGACUACAGAAAAACCAAAGCAAGAUGCUAACAUGCCCAAGAAACAUGUGCUUGGAUCUUAUCGUGGCCAAAUUGUUCAGUCUAAGAUUAAUUCAUUUAGAAAACCUCUACAAGCCAAAGAUGUGAGUUCUGCAACAACAAAGGAACUUACAGCUACUGUCUCUAGAGCUGCUAAGCCUCAGCCUGUCAGCACCAGCAGUGUCCCAGUGGACAGUGAUAAAGCCUCAAAUCUGACGACUACCACUAAGUUUGUGAACACUACAUCCCAGAACAGACAACUUGUGCGACCUCCUGUUAGAAGUCGCCAUGAUAAUACCCAGAACACCAUGAGACAGGGCAUCAGUAGAACCUCUGCCAAUGUUACCUUUCAGAAAGGGCCUCAUGAGAAAGAAUUAUUAAAACCAAAUACAGUUGUAUCCAGUGUCAAAACCAGUUCUUCUCAGGAUGUAAAAAGAAGUAAGACACUGCCAAGAAGCAUGACUUCUGAAAUUGUGGUCAGGCCUGCUUCAUCUUCCAAUAUGAAACCGAUAGAAAAGUCAAAAACCACUGACCAGCGCAGACAUACUAUAGCAAAAGCAGCUGUUGAUAGUAGAUCGACUCAGCCCAAAGAAACCGCAGAAGAGAGAAGAGCUCGUCUGAAUGAGUGGAAAGCUAGUAAAGGAAAAGUGCUGAAAAGGCCUCCCAGCUCAGUAGUUACCCAGCCUGAGCCCAGAGAACAAAGUGAAAGACCAGUUGGGUCCUUUUGGACUACCAUGGCAGAAGAAGAUGAGCAACGGUUAUUUACUGAGAAAGUAAACAAGACGUUUUCUGAAUGCCUAAACCUGAUUAAUGAGGGAUGCCCAAGAGAGGAAAUAUUGGUCACACUGAAUGACCUGAUUAAAAAUAUUCCAGAUGCCAAAAAACUUGUUAAAUAUUGGAUAUGCCUUGCACGUAUUGAACCGCUCACAAGUCCUAUUGAAAAUAUUAUUGCAAUCUAUGAGGAGGCCAUUCUGGCAGGAGCUCAGCCUAUGGAAGAGAUGCGACAUGCAAUUGCAGAUAUUCUAACAAUGAAGAGUCAAGAAAAAGUUAAAUUUGGAGAAAAUAUUGAAGAGGCUUGUGCAACCAAGGAACAAAUCCAAGAAGUCAACAUUGAUGAUAUAGAUGUUAAUCUAGAGUCAGGAAAACUGGAAAUGGAAAAUAGACAUCAUAGAAAUGUGGUGUUUCAAGAUUGUGAAAAAAAGCAAGGUGACAAAACAAAAGAUCCAACCAAUGAUGUUAAAACCCCCAAUACAGAAACGAGGGCGAGUUGCUUAAUUAAAUAUAAUGUGUCUGCUACGCCAUACUUGCAAAGUAUAAAAAAGAAGAUACAGUUUGAUGAAACAAAUUCCAUGUUUAAAGAGCUGAAGUUUCUAACACCAGUUAGACGUUCUCGACGUCUUCAAGAGAAGACUUCUAAAUUGCCAGAUAUGUUAAAGGACCAUUAUCCGUGUGUGUCUUCAUUGGAACAGUUAACAGAAUUGGGACGUGAAACUGAUGCUUUUGUAUGUCGCCCUAACGCAGCACUGUGCCAGAUGUACUCGGAGUCUGAAAUAACAGAAGAGAAAUAAAGCUACAAUAAGGAAUGGGGUUUUUGUUAUUCCUGCGGUAUUUUGUUUGUU